CUUGGCUCUGCUCCUACUCAGCUACUCUCUCACUCAUCACACAGCAUCCAACAACUCCCAAAGGCUGGUAGACAAAUUUCCUUAGAAAAGACUCACGGUGAUUCAGUGGAGACUGACAGAGAGAAUGGAGACCUACCGGGCAUCCGUGUCCUCCCUGGACGAAGAGUCCUCUCAAAUGUGGAGACUAAACAAACGCUUGGAAAGUUAUCUCUCCCGGGUAAAGUCCCUGGAAGAAGAGAAUGAGAUGCUAAGAGCGGAGAUCCAUCGCCUGAAAGACACGAGGUCUGAGAGUUCCCUGGUGAGGAAGUACCACGAGGAGAUUAUGAAGCUGAGGGACGCUCUGGAUGACAGCCACCAGGAGAUGAUCCAGGUGGAGAUGGCCAAGGAUGACAUUCAUCAGGAGAUACAACACGUGAAAGAAUUGUGCCUGCAGGAGCAGCAAGCUCGCCAAGAUGUCAAGAAAGAGUUGCUUGAGAGCCAGAAGACCCUGGAAGAGGAACAGAGAGCCCAGACAUGGCUGAAAGAUAGACUUGUUCAACUCCAGGAAGAGUUAGAGGACAUCCUCAACACCCACGAAGAAGAAAAGGCGCUGAUGGAGGAAGAGAUCUCAAGCUACUCCCAAAGACUGGGGAACGUCAGGCUUGCUCCUGUAGCUUUCCAGCCGGUCAACGUGGAGGAUUAUGCCAGCAAGCUGUCCCAGAUCUGGCAGGGUGCUGUGGAGGAGUACAAGAAUGAAGUGUCAGCUCUGGAAACCAGUUUGUCAGAGAGCCAUGAAAACCUGAGGAAGGUGGUGGAUGAGAAUAAAAAGAGUCAGCUGCAUCUGCAGAACCUGGAUAGAGAGUUGCAGACUCUGAAGGAGAGGAAAGAUAUGCUGGAGGAACUCGUCUCCCAGCAGUGGCUGGACCAGCAAGAAGAGGAAGGGAAGCUACAGCUUGAAAUUGAAGCCUUGGAGAAGGAGAAACAGGAUCUGAGGGUCCAGAUAGCUCAGGUCCUCGAGGACAGGCAGCAGCUGAUGCACCUUAAGAUGUCCCUCAGUUUGGAAGUGGCUACAUACAGAUCCCUGUUAGAAGCGGAGAGUACAAGAAUAUACUCACCAAGUGUGGAUUAUAAAGUGUCUUCGGCCUUUAACGAUUCGGUGCUGGAGCGGAAGGAACUCAGAAAAAGACAGGCCGAAAAUAGGGACUAUAGACUCUAUGGCAGCAAACAGAGUGCAGAGACGUCAACCCCAAAUCGCUACCUAAACGUGAAAAAUACCUCAUUUUCAAGCAGAGCCAGCCCUGUAACCAAAGAGUUCCAGAAAGUAAGCUCCGUGCUUCAGUCUCAAAGCCUAAAAUACGCCAAAGCCUCAUCUGCUAAGGCAGCUACUCCAUUACCUACUGUUGAAAGCAAUUUAGAGAGUUGUGCUUCAACUGGAGACGUUUUUAGGAAAAGUAAAGUAGAAACCAUUUCUCACUCAUGUACUCGGGAUUCAUCGAAAGCUGUUACCGAAGAGACUGUAAAGAAUGACACAAAAGACUAUACUGUUCCAAACAGAAAUAUCAACCACACAAUAGACACAAAGUUAAAGGAAACAGAAUUUCUGGGUGGUGUUGAGAGCACUCAGUAUACAACAGACCUUCUGGAGUCUUCUUUGAAAACUAUUGAAAAACACAACCAGGUUAUCUACGAUUUUGUGGCGGAGGGUCAACAGAAUUCUCUGCAGGUCCAAAACAAAGACCAUGAUACCCAAUUCAAUGAGACACCUCACAAAGAUAAGAGCAGGCUAGAUGUCCCACAAACUGUCAUUGACAGUCCAUGUGAAGGCUUUGAGAGUGUACUUGCAGGACAUUUCAAUGAAAAACAUGAGACUCUUAGAGAAAUUGACGUUUGUCAGAAAGGUUAUUUUGAAAAACAAGAAAUAGUGGAAUUAACAAUUAAUGGAAAUAUUGAAGGACCUGGAGAGGUCCAGAAUUUUAAAGAGCCAAUUACAACAAACGCAGAUGACUCUCUGGCUUCGUCACAGAUAAAGGAACAAGAAAAAACAUCUUCAGUUGAAACAGAAGAACCAAAACUGUUCCCCUCUGAUUGUGUUUCAGACCAUGGACUUGCCAGUUGCAAAGAUGACGUCAAUGAUACAGCAUCCUUUGAUACUGAACACAUUGUUGGCUCUUUAAGUAAUAGUAAAGAGACCAUAAAUCUAUGGCCAAAUAAUGAAGAACCUUUGCAAAUCAAUGAUGAUGAUGUUGAUAUAAGUGUUGCUGAACAGAAUACUUACCUUUUAAAACAGGUUGAAACUGAAAGUGACCUUCAAGAGGAAGUGACAUUGUGUCAGCAUUUUAGUGGGCUAAGUGCUUUAAAGGAAACCAGUAACCAGUUAUUUGAUAAUGCAGAAGACAUUAUAAGAGAAAGCCAAGACCAACAGAAACUGAGGGACACGCAACAAAAGAUUGAGCAUGCUGAGGCAGAUACAGAGGAUGUUAACCUGGAACUUAGUGAUCUUGAGAAUGUUAGACAACCCUCCACAAAAGAUGAAGAUAUUUCUGAUGGUCUUCAGUCAUUUGAUAUCAAACAUGCGGUUGACCAGUGGACUGAUGGUAAACAAGAGACCCCACAGCUGGAUAAAUGUUUUGAGCUUUCUGAUGCAGAACAUCCCACUGAUAACUUAAAGCCUGAGGAGGAUGAAGCUCAGCUUUCAGAAGAAGUCACAAUAUACCAGGAAGUUCAUUGUUUAAGUGUUGAAAAGGAAGAUAACCAAUUCAUUGAUAAAGAAAAUCAGAAAGCAGAGGAUGAUCAUGAGUUAAAUAAUGAAGAUCAAGUAGAUGCCAUCUUGAAACAUGUGGAAUCUGAAAAACAUCUUCUAGAGGAAGAAGUGACUGUGGGACAACAGUGUCACCUAUUAGGUGCUCAGCAGGAUAGUAGCCAACUACCAGACAUUGAAAUGCAUAUUCAAACUGAAGAUCAAGAGGAUCAGAAGAACUUUGAGUUGAAUAGCAAAGAACAGGAGAGCAGAGUCCCUGAAGAAGAGCAGGAGAGAGACAAUAUAAGUGAUACAGAGAGAAUCAAUCAUGAGUCUAGUGAAAAAUCCAACCAAGCAAAUGAUGACCAAGAGAUUGUCAACCAGUUGAAUGGUGUCUAUCAGGAAAAUAACCAAGUAUCUGAGAACUUUAAGAACAUCCAGACUGCAAGCCAGGAAGAACAGGCAAAUGAAUUCAAUGGCCUAGAAAAGAAUACUCAGGUUUCCGAUGCGCAACAGGGAAAUGACAUAAUCAUCAUCACAGAGGAAAUUACCAAAGUGUUCAAUGUUAAUGACCAAGCCAUGCAAUACUAUGGCAAUGAAGAAGACAUUGUUCAGCUGAAAGAUAUUCAGCAAGAAAAUAACCAGCGAUCCGAAAAGGUGGAAGGUACUCAGCACUCAAGCAAGAAAGACCUAGAAAAUGUGGCUUUGGCAAACACAGAAGAGAGUCGAAAUAUAAAUGGUAAUGGUGGAAAUGCUAUUGAGGAAGACCAAGAAAUCCAAACACUGGAUGUUACAGACAUUGCCAAUUUGUCGAGUGCUAUUAAACAGGACAUUUACCAAUUAUCAGAGAAUUUCCCAGAUAACCAAGAUUUAACAGAGGAAGAAGAGAAAUGUUCAAAGCAAAGAGAUUCUGAACUGGACAAUAUCAGUUUAGCCGAGGAGCAGGAAUCCCAGCUGCCGGGAGACAAAAUAAUGAGUCAUAUGAUUGAUGAUGCAGAAGUCAGUGGAGAGGAACUGAUUAAUGAAGAUACCAAUGCUCCAUCACUUGAUGAGAAACAAGAUGAAAAACAAGAGGUUAUAUUUAAUAAAAACACUAUAUCUGAUAAAGGAGAAGACAGGUUACAGGCUAACCAUGAAUUACAAAAUGAAAUUGAUCUGAUUGAUGCAGAGCAUCAAAGUGUUGAGUUAAUCUCUGACCUGUGUAGUAAGAUGCCAGAAGGUGAACAUAGGAGUCUAGAUGUGACUGAAGCCGAGGGAGAUAAACAGUUAGAAGGGGAUGACCAGGUUCCUUUGCCAUUUGGUAAUACAGAAGAAACUUACAUCACAGCUCAAUCAUUUCACAAGGAGCAAUGUGUUCAUCAGUUAGGUAAUUUAGAAGAGGAUUCUAGACAAUUACUUGGUGAAGAAGAUAACAAAGGUCUGAUUGACCAAGAUAGUUCUCAGUCACAGGCUGGAGAAGAAAUAAGUAAAGAAAAUAAUGAAGUUGUUUCCACAGUAGAUUCUCUAAUUGAAUACAGCAAAUCAAUUGACAAUGAGGUAAUCAUACAAUCAUCCCAAAGCACACUUGAAUCGGAUGCUGAGCAACCUGAAGGUGAGUCCACACCAACAAGCAAAGUAGAAGAAAGCCAGUUCACAGAGAAUGAUGUUGAAGGAAAUCUUAUAGGAAGUGAUACUGAGCAGUAUGUUGCUGAAGAUGAUAGGUCCUUGUUGACAAUUACAGAAUCUGAAAGUCAAUUACUAGGACAUGAAGCAGAUGAAAGACUUAUUAGAAGUGAUGGCACAGAAAAUGACAGUCAGCUUAAUGAGCCUGAAACAAUAAUUCAGUAUGAUUCUGAAGCGUGCACUGAUAGAAACACAGAGGAGGAACUGGAAAGCCAUAAUGUGCAUAAUGCUGACCAGGUGGCAGAAGUUGUAAAUGACCAUCUGAGAGACACAGAGGUCACAGCUAGCGAUCUGCAGGAAAGUGAAGAUUUAAGCCAAACAGGUGGAGAAGAAAAGGAUCAAGUAGUCCUCAUAACAGAAGAAAACUCUGUACCUGAGGAUAAUGAAGUGAUCAAGCAAUCAGUUGGAAAUGAUUCUGAUGAAUCUACACAAACACAUGCAGCACAGGAUAGUCAGUCACCAGAGAAUGAGACAGAGGUGGAACUGGUCAGCCAUAUUGUGGAAGUCCCCGAACCAGUGACCAAUAAUGAGCAUCUUGGUGAUACAGAAACCAAAAUAAGCUCUCAGCCAGAAAAAGAUAAACAUUUAAACCAAUUAGGAGGAGAAACAGAAAUAAUUCAAGAGAGGUUUGAAAUAGUAAAGGAGGCCACGCCAUCAGUUCAGAAAGACUAUGAUAUUGAGCAGUGUAUUGCUAAAGACGAUAAGUCCUUGUUGGCAAGCACAGAAUCUCAAAGUCAAUUGUUAGGACAUGAGGCAGAGGAAAGUCUUAUUAGAAGUGAUAACACAGAAACCGACAGUCAGCCUGAACCAAUCAUUCAAGAUGAUUCUGAAGUGUGCAUUGAUAGGAACACAGAAGAGGAACUGGAAAGCCGUAAUGUAGAUAACACUGACCAGGUGGCAGAAGUUGUGAAUGAACAUCUCAGAGACACAGAGGCCACAGUUAGCUUUCUGCAUGAAAGUGAAGAUUUAAGCCAAAGAGGUGGAGAAAAAGAAGAGGAGGAUCAAGUAGUCCUCACAACAGAAGAAUACUCUGCAUCUGAGGAGAAUGAAGUGAUCAAUCAAUUAGGUGGAAAUUAUUCUGAUGUUGUAGAAGACAAUGAAUCUACACAAAUACAUGCAGCACAGGAUAACCAAUUAGCAGAGAAUGAGACAGAGGUGGAACCAGAUAGACAAACCUUCAAAGACCCUGAACCAAUCGUAUGUGACACAGAACCCAAAAUAUGUUCCCAGCAGGAAAAUGAAAAUGAACAAUUAAACCAAUUAGGAGGAGAAACAGAAAUAAUUGAAGAGAGCUUUGAAGUCGUGGAGGAGGCCAAGCAAUCAUUUCAGAAAGACUAUGAUAUUGAGCAGUGUGUUGCUGAAGAAGAUAGGUCCUUGUUGACAAGCACAGAAUCUCAAAGUCAGUUACUAGGACAUGAAGCAGAGGCCACAGUUAGCUUUCUGCAGGAAAGUGAAGAUUUAAGCCAAAUAGAUGAAGAAAAAGAAGAGAAGGAGCAAGUAGCUCUCACAAAGGAAGAAUAUUCUGCAUCUGAGAAUGAAGUGAUCAAGCAAUCAGUUCAAAAUGAUUCUGAUGUUGUAGAAGACAAUGAAGCUGCAGAAACACAUGCAGCACAGGAUAGUCAGUCACCAGAGAAUGAGACAGAGGUGGAACCAUAUGGUCAUAAUGUAGAUGUCCGUGAACCACUGCCCAACAAUGACCAUCUCAGUGAUACAGAAGCCAAAAUAAGUUCUCAGCAGGAAACUGAAGAUGAACAUUUAAACCAAUUAGGUGAAGAAAAAGAACCAAGUCAAGAAAGUUCCAAAACAGCGAAGGAGGCCAAGCAAUCACUUCAAAAAGAUUAUGACAUUGAGCAGUGUGUUUCUGAAGAAGAGCUGUUGACAAGCAUAGAAUCCCAAGGUCAGUUACUAGGACAUGAGGCAGAGGAAAGUCUUAUUAGAAGUGAUAACAAAGAAACUGACAGUCAACUUAAUGAGUCUGAACCAAUCAUUCACGAUGAUUCUGAAGCACACACUGACAGCAACACAGAGGAACUGGAAGCCAAUAAUGUGGAUAAUGCUGACAACAUGUCAAAACUUGACAAUGACCAUCUGAGAGAUACAGAGGCCACAGUUAGCUUUCUGCUGGAAAGUAAAGAUGUAAGCCAAACAGGUGGAGAGAAAGAACAGGAGGAUCAAGUAGUCCUCACAACAGAAGAAUAUUCUGCGCCUGUGUAUACUGAAGUAAUCCAGCAAUCAGUUGGAAAUUAUUCUGAUGUUGUUGAAGACAAUGAAUCCACACAAAUAUAUGCAGCACAGGACAUCCAGUUACCAGAGAAUGAGACAGAGGUGGACCUGGUCAGCCAUAAUGUGGAAAACCCUGAACCAGUGCCCGAAAAUGAGCAUCUUGGUGAUACUAUCAGGAACACAGAGGAUGAACUGGAAGCCAAUAAUGUGGAUAACAUUGACCAGGUGCCAAAAGUUGUCAAUAACCAUCUGAGAGAUACAGUGGCAGCAGUUAGCUUUCCGCAGGAAAGUUAUGAUUUAAGCCAAACAGGUGGAGAAAAAGUACAGGGGGAUCAAGUAAUGCUCACAACAGAAGAAAACUCUGCAUCUGAGGAGAAUGAAGUGAUAAAGCAAUUAGUUGGAAAUGAUUCUGAGAGAGUCGAAGACAAUGAAUCUACACAAACAAAUGUAGCGCAGGACAGUCAGCUACCAGAGAAUGAGACAGAGGUGGAACUGGUCAGCCAUCAUUUGGAAGACCAUGAACCAGUGCCUGACAAUACUUAUCACAGUGCUACAGAAGCCAAAAUAAGUUCUCUGCAGGAAAAAGAAAAUGUACCUUUAAACCAAUCCUGUGUAGAAACAGAAUUAAGUCAAGAGAAUUAUGAAAUAGUGGAGGAGGCCAAGCAAUCAGUUCAAAAUGAUUCUCUUGUUGAAGACAAUGAAUCUACAGAAACACACGCAAUACAGGAUAGUCAGCUACCAGAAAAUGAGACAGAGGUGGAACCAUAUAGUUAUAAUGUGAACGUUUGUGAGCCAGUAUCUGACAAUGACCAUCACAGUGAUACUGAAACCAAAAUAAGCUCUCAGCAGGAUAAAGAAGACAACCAAUCAGACAGAGGAAAAGGAGAUGGUGAAGAGAUUUCCGAAGCACUUUUCACAGCAAAAGAAUACACUGUAUCCAAUGAGAAGGACGAGAUCAACCAAACAGUCCGAAAAGAGUCUGGUGUUGAGAACAAUAGUAUGGUCUUGUUGAGUAUCAUUCAAAACAAUCUUCGAUUUGCAAGUGAUAUUGAUGGAGAAACUGAACUGACACCACAACAGCAUAGUGAUGAGCUGUGUGAGGAGAAAGCAGAAUUAAGUGAAAAUUCCAACCUGGAUAAUUGUGACAAUAAGCACAAUAAUAUAAUUGUUGAAGAGACAAUUUCUGAGGACAAAAUACUUGAAGAGAAAGAACGAAAACUGGAAGAUAUUGAUACAGAAAAUGCUAAGAAUGAAAAAAUACAUCAGAACUUCCCAGCAGAACAGCAAGAACCCGCUAAUGUAGACAAAGUGUACCAAAUAAAGGAUGUUGACUAUGAAAAUAAUGAAGAAAGGGUGGAAGAGUCUAUAGUUCAGAUUGGAACGAGUGCAAAUUCACAGGAACUUUCACACGAGAUCCCCCCUGGGAUAUUAGAUGUUUUAAGCCCCACUGGACAUCAGGAGGAGAUUGAAGACAUCCAAGCAGUCAGUAAUCUGACAGAUCAACCUUCUAUAUCUGAUGAAUCAUUGUGUUCUCAAGAUAUCUCAGUAUGUUCCGAGAAGAGUGAGGAUUUUGAAAUCAGUAAAGAUUAUCAGUUGGAGCAAACUCUUCCGGAUACAACACCAUUGCCUAACCUUGAUGAUGAAUUUGAUGAAUUAGCAGACAAUGACAUAAUACCAGCAUCAGGACAACCUGAAGAUGUUGCAGAUCCACACGUUCCCGAGUACAGAGCAGAAAAUGAGCAGGAUGACCAGGUGUUAGACAGCAGUUUAGAGUCACAGACAUCACAACUAGCCACAGGAGAAAAUGAGCAAUCCUCUGUAAGUAAAGAAGAUGAAGUAUGUAAUAUUGAACUAGAAUAUAAAGAACAAGAAGCUGAAAUACCUAAAGUUCAGCUGGAGAAAGAGGAUGCCGAUAAGUUUGAGAAACAAAAACAGGAGCCAGAUUUCUUAGCUGGGAACUCAUCUGAAGCACUGGAUGAUGAUACGUCAGCUCUUAAGCAGGAAAAGCAGCAUGAAGAUCUAGCAGUCAGCACGCUGGAAAAUGAAAACUCUGAAUCUGAAGAAUCCAUGAAUUCACAAGAAGAGGUCUCAAUGUACUCACUGCAGAAUGAAUUCAAAGACAGCAAAGACAACCAGUCAGAGCAAACUCUACUGGACACGAUACCAUCAUCUGACCUCACAGAGAAACUUGAGAAGUUGGCAGAAAACCAGUUGCAGUUGACAUCACAAUUUGAACAUUGUUUAACUGUAGAUGAAGCUGCAAAUGAAAAGACAUGUUUAACAGAAGACACUGAACUGGUUUAUCCACCUGAACAUCGUGAGACAGAAUUACAUGCAGAUGCUGACAUAACACCUGUAGCCGAAGAUACAACUGUAGCACUGAAUCAAGAUAUAAAUUUUUCAGGAGGAAAUGCAGAUUCAGCAGAAAAAGACAGCCUAAUUAAGAACCAAACUGACUUACAACAGGAAACAGAGUUGGAUAGUGACACUAAUAGAAUUGAACAUAGCAAUAAAGUUCAUAUUGAAGACUCUCACCAGAAUGAAAGCAAGGAAGGUGAUUUAGAAUUUACAGAUGUUCGUAUGGAGAAAGAAACCGCUAUUGAUCCUUUUCACGAAGUAAAAGAUUAUAAUAUCAGACCAGGUGUACACAUCACCCUUAGUGAACAGUCUGAAAUACAAUACAAAAUAAGUGUGGACAAUCCCCAAGGAAAUGUAGAAGUAGAAAAUAUAAUUUCAGAAAGUGAAGGUUCUUCAGAUGACAUCUCACCAAAUGUGACCACUGUCCGCGACGUUCCUGAGCCGGAAGACGAAAUAGACAAAAUUACAGAGGAAGAUUACAAUGGUGGUAAAGUUGAGCAGAUUUUUGAAGAUACAUACGGAGGUGAAACGUCGUCAACUCCUGAACUAGUUCCCAGUUCGAGUCCUUCUGAACCCCCGACAUCAGAUGAUGAUAAAGACACUACCGGUGAAAGUAGCGAUUCUUCACUUGACUCGUACAGUGCUUUUGAGAGAGGAGCAUUUCAGGAAGGCAAGGCUGUAUCAGAAUGCACAGCAGCACAUCAGAUAGAUACUAACACAGUGAACGGACUACACAAGCAUACCAUUGUACAGGCCACACUCGACUUAGAAGACCAUCUGUUCAAUGGCCAUUCCAAAAAGCAGCACAGUGAAAUAGUCAUUUCUGAACGGAAGACUAUUGUGACGUGGGAAGGUGACACUGCCAAUGAACAUGCUCAGGAUAUUCUAGAAAACCCUGAGAUUAAAUUUGCAAUGUCAAAAGGAAAGAUUGAGGGUAUCUUCCAGUCUGUGCCUGAAACUCCAGACCAUGGGGAGCCUAGUCGAUUAGAUGAAGGCAUUGAAAUUAAAAAAGAAGCCUAUGCUGCCGUUGAAUAUGAUGAGCCUGCUGCUAAUAAAAUGAAUUAUACCAAGAAAGCAAUAAACCCAUAUCUUAGUGAUAAUGAAUUUAGCGAUCAAUCUCAAAUAAAGUCUUCGCUGGUCGUUGAAGAUAUUAUGAUAGAUACCAACAAGAACCAGGAGGCCAGUGAGACAUUGUUGUGUUUAAACCAGGAAAAAGAAGAUUUGUGGUCAUCAGACAACUAACUGGACUAAAUGACGCUGUUUGUAAAAUGGCAAAAACAUUAUUUAUUUGAAAGUGAUGACAACAAUGGGUGUUUGCUCCGAUUAUGGGGAAAUGAACAGUGACAGGCCCAAGUCCAAAGUGAAUGCCCUAAGAUCUGUGCCAGCAGUUUUGUACAGGCACGAGGGGAGCUGGAACAUUUUAGGGGUCCACCUAACUCAUUGGAUCAGAAAUUCAGAGGCCUGCACCAGGCACACAACACGUAGCUAGCUGACGUUUUGGCCAGGCCAUAUUACCAAAAGAGACCUGUAUGCAUGGAAUGGCAUAUUAUCAUAUGUAAUCUCUUGUGCGAGUCCUAUAGGCAAGGAAUCAAACAAGGUUUAUUGGAUGUUCAACUCCACUAUUUCAAUGUAUUUGAAUUUAGAGGGUGAGAGGUCCAGCUUGAGAUUCUUAUCUCUCUUCAUUCUGACAACUAAUAAUUGCAUUUUUUUUUUCCAGACUAUUACAUUGUUUUGCAUGGUACAUCACCUCUAUUAUAUAUGAGCAAUCACCGGUGCACGUUUUCUUAUCACUUGUCUGUGCUUUGAGAUUAUUUAAAUUCAUAUUGUUGUAAUUUAUUAUAUUAAAGAUACAAAAAUAACAAAAUAUUGUUGGUUAAGCUCAAGAUACCUGACUAAACUGCAGAUGUCUCUCAUACGAGAUGGAGGCAGCCAUUUUGUAGAACCAAGCACUAUUAAUCAAAUUGCGGACUACACCUUCACUCUGGGCCAACCGUGUGGGGGCAUGGCCACACCUUGUUGGGAUACGUAGUACUGCUUAAGGUAGCAUAGUCACACCAUCUUAGGGGUGUGGCUUCACAUCAAUGGCAGGUCCAUGCUCCCAAAAUGGCCCAGACCUAAGAACUUUCUACCCAAACCCCCUCUUGGCACCUCUGAAUUCACUAGGGGCCAGUGACUCAUGAAUAUUACUCAUUAAGUGAUAUUAUUGGCGUCUAGCGGAUUGUGGAACUGCAGUCUCAUCUCAUAAAAUGGCUGCCUGAUGUUAUUUAAAAGAACAGUGUCACUUUACAAUAGGUGAGAUAUAUUCAAGCUUUAGCAUCAACAAAUAUAUAAAUGAGGACUGAAGAGACCUGAAAUGUUAAUGUAGAUGACCUCUUUUCAUAGGACCCUCAUCAAAGCAAGGCUGUCUUCUUUUUGGUUGCUUGACAUAUUACCUCUUGUCCUCUUUUUGGUUUCUACUGCAAAAGACAGGCUCAUUCACUAUAACAUAUUAUAACAGCUACUGCCACUACGGCAAAGAUAAAUCUAGUGAUAUUAAGUAAAUUGCAUCAAUUUCAACAAUGUGUGGAGAAGUACAGGUUCUCUAUAUUUGCUUUAAAACAGUCGUAGGGAAGUUGUGGCCCUUCAUGUGUUGUGGAACCACAAAUCCCAGCAUGUCUUGCUGGAAUUUAUGGUUCCACGGAAGGUGCGAGGGGUCUCUGCUUGACUACCUCCAGUUUCAAGAACAACCCAUACCUAUAUAUAUCACAGGAACCAGAAAUGAAUAACAAGUUUAUGCUAGGGAUUGAGUAAAACUGACUUCAGUGCUAUAAUUGCUGAUUAUGAUCUGAAUAAGGAUCUGAUUCUGAUUUGGGAGUAAAGCAAAAAAAAAAAAAAAAAGCAAGCAACUUGGUAUCUGGAACAAACCAUGAGGCAUAUGUAAUAAGGUCCGAGUUUGCCGGAGAUGCGUGAUGCUGGACGAUCUCUGAGGUUUUUUUAAAGCGGCAUUCGUUGACAAGGCAUGGUUUUGCCUUGCCAAUGAUUAUCCAAUAUUGGGCAACAACCCGCACCUAUUGCAUAUUCGGAACCUAUUACAUAUGCCCCCCAUGUUGCCAUGAAAGGGAAGCACAAACAUUUAUAUUUUUUCGUGCACGGUAAAUACUGGCUGCUUUUGCAUGUAGCCCACAGAUGUUAGCUUUAUUUGAACACUACAAUUUCAAUUUGCUGCUUGGACACACAUCAGCCAAAUCUACCUCUCUCUCUCUGCACGUUACAUCCGCCCCACCAGCAUUGCAACAUGGUUUUGUCCGGGUGCACAGUUGCCUGUAUGUUUUUGUUUUUUUGCUUUACUUCCAAAUAAGAAUCAGGCUUCGUCAGCAAAUUGCCCCUGUUCAAAACUACAAGCAUUUCUAUCUUGCUCAUUUAAUAUCUCCCUGCACCACCCAAAAACUAUAUUGUGGAUUUUAUAACAAUUUAGUGUUAAGGCCAACAAUGUGCAGUUGUUAGCCAAUCAGAAAUCAGCUCUCCUAGUAGCCUACUGUGGCUAAACUACCUGUUUGGUUGCUAUCGGCUACAGCUUGUGUCUUGUCUAUUUUAUAGACGUUCUUCCGAAUGUAUCCACCGCUCUUGUGCCUAACGUGGUACAGGUUGAGUAUCCCAUAUCCAAAUAUCCGAAAUACGGAAUAUUCCGAAAUACGGACUUUUUUGAGCGAGAGUGAGAUAGUGAAACUAUUGUUUUCUGAUGGCUCAAUGUACACAAACUUUGUUUAAUACACAAAGUUAUUAAAAAUAUUGUAUUAAAUGACCUUCAGGCUGUGUGUAUAAGGUGUAUAUGAAACAUAAAUGAAUUGUGUGAAUGUACACACACUUUGUUUAAUGCACAAAGUUAUAAAAAAUAUUGUCUAAAAUUGCCUUCAGGCUGUGUGUAUAAGGUGCAUAUAAAACAUAAAUGCAUUCUGUGCUCAGAUUUAGGUCCCAUUACCAUGAUAUCUCAUUAUGGUAUGCAAUUAUUCCAAACUACGGAAAAAUCCGAUAUCCAAAAUACCUCUGGUCCCAAGCAUUUUGGAUAAGGGAUACUCAACCUGUAUGUGUAAGUCUGUCACAGAUACUGCACCCACUACACGAAUGAUUGUGCCAUGUCUACUUAGCAUUGUAUGUCUGAGACACUGUCAGACGGGUCUUACAUGGAAUGUACAUUGAGAACCAUGUAGCCAUGUGGCUUCUUUAUGAUCAAUAAAAAAAAUAGUUAAUAUUUAAUAA